UCCAUCCUUCGAUGGUUUCUUCUUCUUCCCCUUUUUGGACUGGACUUUUAUUUUUUGUUUUGAAUAUUGCAAAAAUGGGAAGGCCAAUCUUACUUCAUAUCCCUUCAAAUAGAUCGUUCCCAAUUUUACCUGGGCUAGAACCUAUGGCUGGAGAAAAAUCAGCUCCACAUUUUUUUACUAUUACAGAGCGCUUUUCGAGAACAAAAAUGUCCAAUUUAAAUUUGAGACGAAAAAGACAGGUAAUUGCUGGUCAAGUAUAUGAAUGGCCAAGUAAUUUAGUUCCAUUUCAAAUAUGGGGAGGAGAUGCAAAUUUCCAAAGUUUAAUUCGUCGUGGAAUAAAAAUGUGGGAGGAAGCAACAUGUUUACGUUUCCGUGAAAAUUUACAAGCUACAGAUGCAAUUAGAUAUGUACUUGAAAGGGGAGAUAGUUGUUUUACUGAAUAUAUUGGAAGGAAUGGUGGAUUUCAAGAUAUUAUUAUUGGCUCAGAAUGUGCAGAAGAGUAUGUAGUUGCACAUGAAACAGGCCAUGCCCUUGGAUUUUGGCAUACACAUCAAAGACCAGAUAGGGAGCGUUAUAUAAGUAUAAAUUGGAGAAAUGUUUUGGAGGAGGCAACUGCUUCUUUUAUGCCUUUCCGUUCAAUGCUUCAAGCUUUUGCUAUUAAACAGGUCUCAGGAAGACGUUCCCCUUAUGAUUAUGGCUCGUUAAUGCAUUAUCAUGCAGUUAAUUACUUUUUCAAUUAA